CCGCUUAUUGCUAUUGUGCGCGACGGAGGUCUUGUAAGGAAUCCAGUUUUCGCAGCGCGGCUAGAGAUUCAGUGCCGCCAUAGCCAUCGUCUCUGUCUCUCGCGUUUGCAGCAGCCGUUGCCUCCACGGGAUAGGAAACCUCCAGGCGAGCGAGUGAGCGAAGCGAGGUAGCUAUGGCGUGCGCGACCGUGGCGGUCGUGGGAGUUGCGCCCUUGCAGCAGCAGCAGCUGAACCAAUCGGCCGCUUCCUCGUCGCCGUCCACCUUCGGUUCUAGGGUGACUAGUGUCUUUGUGAAGAAGAGUAAUGAGCAACUAAGCUGUGCUCAGCGUCCUUUGAGUAUUACCAGCUUGUGGGGAGGUAACAAAGACCAGAAUCCGGCCGACACUAAUAAGAAGGGUGGAAUGGGAAAUAUGUUAGGGGCUUUAGGAAACAUGCAGAAUCUGUAUGACACGGUGAAGAAGGCUCAACAGGUGGUGCAAGUUGAAGCUGCCAAAGUUCAAAAAGAGCUUGCUGCUGCGGAGUUCGAUGGUUAUUGUGACGAGGAGCUUGUGAAGGCGACCUUAACAGGCAACCAGGAGCCUGUUAGGAUUGAGAUCACAGAAAUCGCCUUGGAGAAGGGCCCUGAAGCUCUGUCGGCAAUGGUGACCCAAGCAUACAAAGAUGCUCACACAAAGAGUGUUGCGGCUAUGAAGGAUCGUAUGAAGAACCUAGCAGAAAGUAUCGGUAUGCCACCCGGCAUGGGCGGUGGCAUGCCCGGUGGCCCUGGCAUGUAGCGCUCCUCAAACCUGGGUGGCUGUUCAUUAGAGUUGGCUCAUCUUUAGUAGGAUGAAAAUCUGAGUUUUCUUUCUCAAGAAUCUUAUUUCAGUUUCUUCGGAACAUUUUUUAGGAAUGGCUAUAUGGGUUUCUUUCAAGACUCAGAAUAGCUAUGUUGCGGUUGACAAACUGUGAAUCUGUAGAAAAGAGUCUCCUCAUUUAACAGCUGAUUUCGACAUUGUUACUUCAGGAUUUUCCCCUGCAUCUGUUAAGUGGUUUGGUGUAAUCACAACUGCAAAAAUGUAGGUGCUUUAUAUAGAC